CUUCGAAGAACCAGACACACAUUUUCAAGAUGCUUCGUCGUCAAGCCCGUGAGCGUCGGGAUUACCUCUACCGGAGAGCUCUGCUUCUCCGCGAUGCUUCUAUCGCCGAAAAACGAGCCCAGCUGAAGGCUUCUCUGGCCUCCGGAAAACCUCUUGAUCCCUCCAUCGCCGAUGACAAAGCUCUUCGUGAAGACUUCAAAUAUGACGAAUCAAUGCCUGCGUCGGCAGAUAAGAAAGACCAGGACCCGGAUGCAUUGGAUGUCGACGAUGAAUAUGCCCUAACCUCUGGAAUCAUCGACCCCCGUCCCAUCGUCACCACUUCCCGUUCUCCUUCUGUUCGUCUAGGCACAUUUGCCAAAGAGGUUCGCCUGCUUCUUCCAACAUCCAUCCGCUUGAACCGUGGAAACCUCGUUCUUCCAGAUCUCGUGUCCAGCGCAAACGCCGCAGCAAUGACAGACAUGAUCCUCCUUCACGAGCACCGUGGUACCCCUACUGCGAUGACAAUUUCGCACCUUCCCCACGGCCCGACAGCCAGCUUUUCUUUGCACAAUGUUGUUCUUCGAGCCGAUAUCCCCAACGCCGCUCGGGGAACCGUUUCGGAGAGCUACCCUCACUUGGUCUUUGAGGGAUUCACAACCAAGCUGGGUGCCCGUGUGGUUCAAGUCCUGAAGCAUCUUUUCCCGCCGCGUGAGGCUGGCAAGGUCGGCAACCGUGUCGUCAGCUUUGUCAACAAAGAGGACAGCAUUGAAGUGCGACACCACGUUUUCGUGAAGACUGGAUACAAGGACGUCGAACUGGCAGAAGUCGGACCGCGAAUGACAAUGAGACUAUUUGAGAUCCGGGGAGGCUCGAUGGAGAAAGGCUCCAGUGGAGAUGUUGAAUGGGCCCUCACGCAAUACACAAGGACCAGCAAAAAGAAGGAUUACCUCUGAGAGCCUACGGUUUAGCAUCUCAGUGGCUGCAUGUAUAAUUGUUUCUUUUAUGGAGGUAAAGAAAAGUAUGAUUUGGCGCACAAGGUGUUUGAAGGGGAAUUAGAGGGUCAAUAUUUUUGGCAGUUUGGCAUUCCUUAUCUGUAUACCCAAUUUAAAAAAGUUGAUAUCUUAUUUCAUCCUGCUCUAUUCUUCUCGAUCACAUAAGUGAAAUACUGAAUUGCAUUUAACUGGCUCCUUAGGAAUAGACACCUGUUGUCGGUAUUUCUCGAGGGGUUCGUAGUAACCUGGAGAAUGCAUUGCCACCAACGGGCUUUUGUAUUGCGAGCACAGAAUAAAGAAAACCAUCUAACUGCUAAGUC